GACUGCAGGCUCCAGCGUAAAAUCCUGCGGGAGAGGGGGUGGGACCACGGCUCUGGAGGCAGCGCGCCCGCCGGUAGCGUCGUGUGGCUCUUCUGACUCCCGCGGCAAAGGCGGCGCUCGCUUCGGUGUCUUUCUCUCGCGCGCACCCGGCCGCCUUCUAGCGGCGCGGCGCCCGCUCCUAAGCCUAAAAUGACUAAUGUGUGAUUUCAGUGGAAUAAAUGGCGUCCAAAGUCACAGAUGCUAUCGUCUGGUAUCAAAAGAAGAUUGGAGCAUAUGAUCAACAAAUAUGGGAAAAAUCUGUUGAACAAAGAGAAAUCAAGGGAUUAAGGAAUAAACCAAAGAAAACAGCACAUGUGAAACCAGACCUCAUAGAUGUUGAUCUUGUAAGAGGGUCUGCAUUUGCUAAGGCAAAACCUGAAAGCCCUUGGACUUCUCUGACUAGAAAGGGAAUCGUUCGAGUUGUAUUUUUUCCCUUUUUCUUCCGAUGGUGGUUACAAGUAACAUCAAAGGUCAUCUUUUUCUGGCUUCUUGUCCUUUAUCUUCUCCAAGUUGCAGCAAUAGUGUUAUUCUAUUCCGCUUCUAGCCCACAUAGCAUACCUCUGACAGAAGUGAUUGGGCCGAUAUGGCUGAUGCUGCUCCUGGGAACUGUGCACUGCCAGAUUGUUUCAACAAGAACACCCAAACCUCCUCUGAGUAUGGGAGGUAAAAGAAGAAGGAAAUUAAGAAAAGCAGCCCAUUUGGAAGUACACAGGGAAGGAGAUGGUUCUAGUACCACAGAUAACACACAGGAAGAAGCAGUUCAGAGCCACAGUAUAAGCACCUCGUACAGCGUUGGCACUGUCUUCAGAGAUCUCUGGCAUGCUGCUUUCUUUUUAUCAGGAUCAAAGAAAGUGAAAAAUUCAAUUGAUAAAUCAACUGAGACUGACAAUGGCUAUGUAUCCCUUGAUGGGAAAAAGACUGUUAAAAGCAGUGAAGAUGGAGUACAGAGCCAUGAACCUCAGUGUGAGGUCAUUCAAUCAGAAGAGACAACCUGGAACACAGGAACACCUAGGAACAUUCCCAGCAAAGAUACCCAAAGGACAAUAACAAAUGUCUCUGAUGAAGUCUCCAGCGAAGAAGGUCCUGAAACAGGAUACCCAUUACGCCGUCGUGUGGACAGGCCUUCUGAAAGCAUUCUUCGGAAUAGAAAGUCGCACCAUUAUAAGAAACAUUAUCUUAAUGAGGAUGCCCCUAAAUCGGGUACUAGUUGCAGCUCUCGCUGUUCAAGUUCCAGACAGGAUUCUGAGAGUACAAGGCCAGAAUCUGAAACAGAAGAUGUAUUAUGGGAAGAUUUGUUACAUUGUGCAGAAUGCCGUUCAUCUUGUACCAGUGAGACAGAUGUGGAAAAUCCUCAGAUUAAUCCCUGUGUGAAAAAAGAAUAUAGAGAUGAUCCUUUUCAGCAGAGUCAUUUGCCCUGGCUCCAUAGUUCCCACCCAGGAUUAGAGAAAAUCAGUGCUAUAGUAUGGGAAGGCAAUGACUGCAAGAAAGCUGACAUGUCUGUACUUGAAAUCAGCGGAAUGAUAAUGAACAGAGUCAACAGCCAUAUUCCAGGAAUAGGAUACCAGAUUUUUGGGAAUGCAAUCUCUCUAAUCUUGGGUUUAACUCCAUUUGUUUUCCGGCUCUCCCAAGCUACAGACUUAGAACAACUCACAGCACAUUCUGCUUCAGAACUUUACAUGAUUGCAUUCGGUUCUAAUGAAGAUGUCAUAGUUCUUUCUAUGGUCAUAAUAAGUUUUGUGGUUCGUGUGUCUCUUGUUUGGAUUUUCUUUUUUUUACUCUGUGUAGCAGAAAGAACUUAUAAACAGCGAUUACUUUUUGCAAAACUCUUUGGACAUUUAACAUCUGCAAGGAGGGCUCGAAAAUCUGAGGUUCCUCAUUUCCGGUUGAAGAAAGUACAAAAUAUAAAAAUGUGGCUAUCUCUUCGUUCCUAUCUUAAGCGCCGAGGUCCUCAGCGAUCAGUUGAUGUAAUAGUUUCAUCUGCUUUCUUGUUGACUAUCUCAGUUGUGUUUAUCUGUUGUGCCCAGCUACUUCAUGUGCAUGAGAUCUUCCUUGAUUGUCACUACAAUUGGGAACUGGUAAUCUGGUGCAUCUCAUUAACACUUUUUCUCCUAAGAUUUGUUACCCUUGGAUCAGAAACAAGUAAAAAAUAUAGCAAUACCUCAAUAUUACUUACUGAACAGAUAAAUCUCUACUUGAAAAUGGAGAAGAAACCUAACAAGAAAGAGGAACUGACACUAGUGAAUAACGUUUUAAAACUGGCUACUAAACUCCUAAAGGAAUUGGACAGUCCCUUUAGAUUAUAUGGGCUUACAAUGAAUCCACUGCUUUAUAACAUUACCCAGGUGGUCAUCCUGUCAGCUGUUUCUGGUGUUAUCAGUGACUUGCUUGGAUUUAAUUUAAAGCUAUGGAAGAUUAAGUCAUGACAAUUUAGAGAAAAGAUGUAGCCGCUUUUCCAGAACCAGAGUUCCCACGCAGCUGCCUGAAGGCCGUCACUGACUCUGCCUCAGGAGUCUUCUCUGGGAAAUUGAAGUGUUUACAUCAGACUGUCUUGUGCAAUUCUUAUAUUUAUUCUACUUGUUCACUGUUUUUUACAUUUAUUUUAGUCUUUAUAUUUUAUUUUUAAGCAUUGAUGUAUACUUUGUUGUUGAAAGGGUGAUAGAAAUGAUAUCCAGAUACUUGAGGUCCUGGUAAUUGCUCAUAAAUAAUUGAUAGAAUUGCAGAUCCUGAAAACAGGAAGCCAUUGCUAAGCACUGUUUCUCCAUCAAUGCCAUGAACUUGCCUUACUUGAGGAAAACUUCUUUAACUUUGGAAUAUUUCAGCGGACUCAGCUAAGCAAUAUAGCAUUUUUUCAGUAAAUCAAGAUCCAGUCAGGGUUUAUCUUGAAUUAUUUUGGAACAAUGCCAGGAUCUGUAUUGAUUAAGCUGCAGUUUCAGCACCCUUCAGUAUUAAUGUACAUGAUGUUACAUAAAGGUCAACAAGUGCUCUUUGAUGACAAAAUUCUUAAUAGAGCAAUAAUUGUAAAUGGUUACCAUACUGUAAGAUUUUUUGAUAAAAAUGAACUAGUAAUAAUUGUAUUUAUUUGAAACACUGGGCUGUUUGCACAGCUCCAACUGUGCAUGCUCAAAAUGUGCACUUUUUAAAAUUGUUUCUUUUAAUAUACAUCUUUAUAUGGGAUAGGUUAUAGUGUACUAGGGCAUGAUAUGGUAUCCUUUUGAGUGAGGUAUAUACUCAUCUCACAAGUGAAGUGCCUAUUAAUAUUAUUAAAGUACAUUAUGUUUACUCAAGUGAAAGAAUUUUCUCUCUGUAGUACACAUAGUGUAUGCAAUUCAUACCACAUUCAAAUGAACACCCUAAGAAUAGGGUAAGAACCAAUACCAUAUUCCCCUGAUUGCUAGUUUUAAAACUAUUUCCAAAGUUUCCAAAAAGACCACUUCAGCUUAUAAACUCUCUCCUCUACACUUAAUCUGGUGCAUCUUCCUCUCACCCCCCAUUAUAUAAGGGCUAUUUUAAAUGCUUUUUACCCUCUCCAAUAAUUUGCCAAGUAUGAGUACUUAUCAUGCCAGCAUGUUAGGUAAAUAGGGAAAAUAUGGCAGUAUCUUACAAUUGGGCCUUAUUUUAAGUUACUGUAUUUGUACAAUCAACAGUGUUUUAGAAAUUACAUGAAACAUGAAUUGUUUUUGAGAGUUUUUUUUUUUAAACUGGGCAUCUGAUUUCUGAAACAAAGAAUUUAUUGAAACAAUCCAGAAUUUUCUUGGUGCAAAGUAUAUCGUGUUGAAUCUCCUCACUUUUUACCAUGUAGUAGGGAAUUUAAAACAGUUGUAAAUGAUUUACUUGAUUGGUGCAGUUCUAAUCCCCAAAUCAUAUUCUUAAGAUCAGGAAUGUGCAGAGAAUAGAGCCAUGUCACAGCACUUUGCUCCCACCAUUCCUUUCGAUCUGCCUCAAUUCAACCUCAUUAUGUAGUGUAUUUCCUUUGUACAGAAAACAACAGAAAGCAUGUUGUUUUAUUUGCCUGGGUUCUAAUGUGUUAAUAACAACCAAAGUGCAUUCUGAGUUUUUCAAGGAAUGUGUUACUGGAGCUUUAAGAACAUACUUAUUUUCUCAUGUGAAAAAUUAGGCUUUGUCUGAUGUUUCUUCUUCCUCUAUUAUCUAACGUUGAGGUUGUUUUAGGAAUUAUAUUUUAUAAACUUUUUCAAAAUAAGGUACAUACAUAUACAGAACUGAACAUUUUGCACAGAAUAUAAUGAAUAUAUUUUGAGAAAAAAAGUACAGCAUGAGUUCUGUUAGGAAGAAAAGAUGAAAUUAUUGUAUCUCACACACAAAAAAUCUUAUUUCAGAAUGGAAAUAUUUUUGAGAAGAGCUGAGUAUGCUGAUUUAAGAAAAGGUUUGUUUUAGAUUGAAAUUCUUUUGAAGUUGGGAGUUGAUUAAUUAAAAUACAAUAUACCUCUCAGCAGCUUAUUAAUAAUAUGUUGAAUUGUGUCACUAAUGUGGGCAGCAGUGGAGUACUAAAAGGAAAGUUUGUGUUUUAAGCAGUCUCAGAACAAUAACGGUGAAGUUGUUUUCAAAGCAGAAAAACUUGACAUUGCUGCCUGUAAGAGCACCAUGAAUAUCAUGUAAGAAAUUGUAAUGUACCACAAAACAGAGAAAAGGCAGUUCAGAGAUAGAAUUGUGGCAGAUGUUGUGUGUUAACGGUUGUCUCUUUGCCACGUGUGUUAUAUUUGAAAGUUUGAACAGCAAGUUUAAAAUAAAACAUUCUAUGACUGACAGUGUUAAACUGGAGGGUGUGUUUUUUUUGUUUUGUUUUUAAUUUUUUGAGUCAUAUAUACAUUUCCAUGGUAAUUUGUGUUUACUAUUGCACAAAUUUUAACUGUUACAUGGUAAUAAACUUUUUACAACUUCCCAACAUUUCAGAUUUUGUUAUAUUUUUAGAACAUGAAAGAAUAAUAAAACAUACUCAAGAGUCUUUGACCACCAAACUUCUGGACACCAUUAAAGUAUGUUUGUUUGGUUUUGAAUACAGAAUACUGUCCGUGGCCUG